AUGGCUUCCAAUGAGUAUCAGUGGAGUUCCAAAAGGAACAAACCAGUAAAGGAAGCUGGCAUUUAUGAGAUUGAUUCUUUUACUACCUUAGCAGCACAAGUAGAUACUAUAUCCAAGAGGUUGGAUAAAAUGCAAGUUCAACCACAAAACCCAUUUAGCACUUAUCAGUCUCUUAAGGUAGAUAGUUUGAUAAGUGAUAAGGAGUUGGUAUCACCUGUAGCCGAAGAACAUGAGAAUGAAUCUGUUAAACAUCAAGAGGUCAUAAUUGAAGAUAAAUCUCUUGAUGGUGAUGUUGGGAAGGAUGAGAAGGGCCAGAGGAAAGACAAGCCUAGUAUGCCGAAGUACCAACCAAAAUUGCCAUAUCUUGCUAAGAAAGAUCAUCAAGAGGAGCAGUUCAAGAAAUUCCUUGAUCUGUUCAAAACUUUGCACAUUAAUGUUCCAUUUGUUGAGGCACUUGCUCAAAUGCCUCACUAUGCAAAAUUCAUCAAGGAGUUCUUGACUAACAAGAGGAAACUAGAGGAUGUAGCCACUAUCACAUUGAGUGAGGAAUGCUCCGCCAUCAUCUCUAACAAAACCUCCAAGAAGGAAAAGAUUCAGGAAGUUUCAUCAUCCCUCAAACAAUUGGGGGAAUGA